GAUUUUUCCGGCGGCUAUUUUGAGUGCUCUUCGAGUGCAUUCAAAAUUCAGGCAUCUUUCACAUAAAUGGAUUACUCAAGUGAUCCACUGACAGAUUGUCAGUCUCAAAUGUUAUCGUUCUGGGAUCUUAUACGUGUUGAAAUAGAUGGCCUAAAAUGUGACCAUGCCGCUUUCAAAACCCAGGACUUACCACUGGCUCGUAUCAAAAAGAUUAUGAAGUUGGAUGAUGAUAUCAAAUGUAUGAAUAAUUUUAAAUCAGUUUUCUGGUGGGAUUUAAGGAAUAUCAAACGAGUGUUCAAAAAAACCCACAAAGUACAAGCUUGGGUGAACAGAUGUUAUUCGGACUGAAAACGAGAAAAUAAAGAAAUGUUUCGUAGCCUUAUAUAUAAGCUCUCAGUUGACGAUUAAUGUCCAUAAGUAUGGCAUGUACUCUACAGCUUCUAAACCUAAUUUAAUUCUCUAUGACUGGCAGGAGCCUGUACCCUUACUCACUUUUGGUAGUGAGCAGUUACAAGGUAGUCAAGAAGUUCGUGUAUCUAAGUGGCUUUGGGUGUACUAGUGGUGAGGUGAGUGAUAAGAUUAACUCGCCCAUAGUAAAGGUGAGAGCUGCUUAGGCCAUCUUUGACGCCUUCGUAGUGUUAGUCUGGCUGUUCAAGAUCCAGUUUACAACUCUUCAGUGGGGGCAGUUUUGCUCUAUGUUUGCGAAAUCUGCCCUCUAUGAGCUUAGAAAGUUAGAUAGCUCUGUGUUCGACCAUUGUUAUCUUUAACACAUCUACAGAAACCUAACUUUAUUGAUCUACUGAUUUUAAUUAGAGGAAAACUUUUCAGUCUCUUACAAAUUAAAUAUUUGUACAUUGAUUGUCUACAUUAUUACCGUCCACAUAAAUUUCCAUAUUAUUGAAUAGUUCCCGUCUAUAUAAGUCAACUUUUCUGUUUGCAAGUAAUCUACCUCUACUCUAAAUAAAUUUAAAUUCAUCUUGACAAUUGACAGUCAUCUCGCAUGACAAAACUUCAUUUGUAAAAUGCGAACUUAUAAACUUUCUUCUAUAGUGGUUUUUGUAUCACUGCUAUCGUAAGAUUAAAUAUUUAAAAAUCCAUAAAACUAUAAAUACUUUUCUAAAUGAAGUGCUCCAGUUAAUUAAAUAUGUGAUAUUUUUCUAUCUUAGUCGGAGAUUUUUUUAUGUUAAUUCUACUCAUAACAGGUCAUCUCCAUUUGUAAAUAUCAUGUUCAACCUACAUAAAUUUACUGCAAAAUAAGAUAAAGUUUUUUUUAACGACCUAGCACUUGGUAAAUUAUUUCAAUAUAAUUUUAGAAAUAUUCAUUUUUUGAGUAUUAAGAGUUUUCUGAAUAUCCUUGUACAUUUUACUUAUAAGAUGAUAAGCGCCGAAGCACCCAUAUUGUUCGCAAAAGCCGCUGAGCUUUUUAUACGAGAACUAACGUUGAGGGCAUGGAUUCAUACAGAACGUAAUCGUCGGCGUACUCUUCAAAGAAAUGAUAUAGCAAUGGCAGUCAGUGAUGGAGACACAGAUCAAUUUGAUUUUCUUAUUGAUAUUGUACCACGUGAAGAAGCAAGAGGACAUCGUCGGCCAACGCAAACAACCUCAGGUUCAAAUGCUAAUGGGAAUUCAACGAAUAUCAAGUCAGAAAAUCCUUCACAUAGAAAUAAUUUUCUCACAAAUACAAAUGAUACUCACACAUUAUCUCUGGGACAAAACUCUGGUCAAAUGGUUGUUUCCGGUUUGUCCAAUGAUGUUACAGGAUCUUCAACCCAACCACAAACAGUAACUGUUGCUCUGGCAUCUGCGGCCCUUGCCGGAGCAACAUCUGUUAAUUCAGCCAUUCCAUGUCAAACAUUAGUUCAACAAAAUCAACCUACAGCUGUUCAUUUUACGACGAUCUCUUCUGGGAGUGGUCUAGCCAUCGCCCAGUCUUCAGCUAAUUCUGGGUCAACUGUAAUAGCAGCUUCAGCACCCAAUGCCACCACAGCCGCUACCACCGCAGCUCCUUUGCAAUAUGUUCUUCAGCUUCCGGUUGGCACAGCUGGAACAUCAGCUGGUCAGCCAUUUCAAAUACAAGUCCUUCCCCAACAUUUCCAGGCUGCUAACACUGACGCUGUAUCUGCCGGUCAAGCUGGUGCUAUCCUUGCCGAUGGAAAUACACUUCCGUUAGUUCAAGUUGUUUCUCAACCCGGUGGCAUAGCAGUUCCAAUCAUUCAAGAGGCUGGUGGCAGUCGAACUCAAAUUUUACAGCUCCAGAUGCCAGAAUCAACUGCUGGUCAACGACCGACCUUGUUUCUACAGCAAGCCGGUGCUCUGCUAGGGACUCACAUGGGUGCAGUAAUUGCCAGUGUAGAUGGUCAUUCUCAACAAAUUAUGUACAGUUUACAAGCACAACCCCUGGUUUCUUCAAACUCUUCAUCAAGAGCCCAAGUUCUUCUUUCAUUGGAUGAGGCAUCUGAAUGUAUCUCAUCUAUUGCAGAUUCAAACUGUAUAACAUCUAAUAACAGUAUUCAUGCUGGUACUGCUCAGUUAUUAGACGAAGCAGCUAGUGAGUUAGAUAUUGCAUCAUCUGUUGCUGUGCCACAUUCAGUAAGUACUGAAAUACUUGGACCUAAAGAUUACACUCCUCAUUCUACGGAGCUUGAUCACAAGCCAGUUAUAAACUCCGGUAGUGUCAUGAUUACUGAUGACCUUGUAGGUCUAACAGAAGGUCAAGCGGUCGAGAUUCACACCGUAGAGUCAAAUAACAGAGAGUGCUUGGAGUCUGGAGUUGACAGUAGUAAUCCGCACCCAACCGUUAUUACAGAUGAUGAUGAAACCGUUUGAAACCAAUACUUUAUCAUAUUCUUAAUGUUGUCCAGUUUUUAUUCUUUUCUUCAAGAUACAUGUAUGUAUAUAUGUAUACCACUACAGAACAAAUUUCGUCCUGUUAACAUAACUCGCCUAUAACAUGUUUCUUCAAUGUUUUAUUUGCUCACAGCUAUGCUAUGUAUUAAAAAUGUGUGUUAAUAAAGUGAAGACCGCUAUAUUCUUCGAAUCGUGUGAAUAACUAUGCCGAACACUAAAUAUUAUAAUACUUCUAUAUAUACCUUUCAGUCUAAUUGUUUAUAUGAGAUUUUAAUGUUUGCAUAUUUAAAAAGGUUUACUCC